AUGAAAUGUUCACUACAUUGUUACAAGGAAAGUCAAGUGUGCGCGCAAGUUUGUGCAUGCGCACCCAUCAUCCUCCGCCAUUUUACCGCGCCUCCCCCUCCUCUCACUUCGAUUCUUUCUCCUCCUGCUGAAACUCUCCUCCUCCCCCUCCUCCUCCUUCCCCUCCACUGCUUGCAUUUUCCUUCUCCUCCCCUUCAAAUCUCGAGUCUGCCUCCUAUUCUUCGAGUUGUUCCAUUAUUCCCUGCAACUCUCGAUACUUUCAUUUUGACAGCAGCAACCAUCUUGAAACGUGUUCCAUAUAGGUCCGGCCUAUUACUAAUAUCAUCGUUAUCUAUCUAUCUAUCUAUCUAUCUAUCUAUCUAUCUAUCUAUCUAUCUAUUGCAGACUGUUCAUUUCUAUCUAUCUAUCUAUAUAUCUAUCUAUGCCUAUUCAUAUCUCUCUCAACCUAUUCAUAUCUAUCUAUCUAUCUAUCUAUCUAUCUAUCUAUCUAUCUAUCUAUCACAGUCCUUGCUUCUAUCUAUCUAUCUAUCUAUCUAUCUAUCUAUCUAUCUAUCUAUGCCUAUUCAUAUCUCUCUCAGCCUAUUCAUAUCUAUCUAUCUAUCACAGCUUUUAUCUAUCUAUCUAUCUAUCUAUCUAUCUAUCUAUGCCUAUUCAUAUCUCUCUCAGCCUAUUCAUAUCUAUCUAUCAGCUUUAUUUAUCUAUCUAUCAUCUAUCUAUUCAUUCACAUCUCUAUCUAGCCUAUUCAUAUUCAUCUAUCUAUCACAGCUUUUAUCUAUCUAUCUAUCUAUCUAUCUAUCUAUCUAUCUAUCUAUCUAUCUAUCUAUCUAUCUAUCACAGCUUUUGGUUCUAUGCUAUGAUAUCUCCUUCUUUCCCUACUCCCCUUCCCCUGGUCCCCUCUCGCUAUCCCCCAUCAGCUUCUUCUUCUGCACCCUCUCCGCCUCUACGCCCUUUCGUCUCUAA